CAAAAAAAAAAAAUAAAUAAAUUAAAUUAAAUAAAAAGAUAACAGCAACCAUGCGAAGCCAUGCGGAGCUGCAGUUAUCCUCAGCCGGAUAGUAGGACUCUCAUUUUUAUAUCCACGUCCCUGGUUUUCACAAUCACAGCGCGGCAAUGGUUCUGGCAAUCACACAAGGCCAAUCACCACCUUCCCUAAUCACCAUCGACAACAACGGUGGGGUCUCAACUGCCCACCAAGCCCGUCUUCUCCGAUUCCUGAACGAAUGUAAAGACAUGUCUCAGCUCAAGCAGAUACACGCUCAAACUCUGCGCACAACGUCCAACACAAACAAUCCCCACACCCUUUUCCUCUACAGUCGAAUCCUCCAUUUCUCGUCCUUGGCCGACGCGGACUACGCUUUUCGCGUCUUUGAUCAGAUCGAGACCCCAAACUCGUUCAUGUGGAACACUCUCAUCAGAGCAUGCGCGCGAAGCGACGACCGAAAAGAGCAGGCCAUCGUGCUUUACUGUAGAAUGUUAGAGGAAGGGAUUGUUUUGCCCGAUAAAUACACUUUCCCGUUUGUUCUUAGAGCUUGUGCGUACUUGUUUGACCUCUCCGAAGGGGAACAGACACAUGCCCAUGUUUUGAAACUUGGGUUUUGUUCCGAUGUUUAUAUAUGCAACAGUUUGAUUCAUUUCUAUGCUUCGUGUGGGCAUUUGGACUUAGCGCAGAAGGUGUUCGACAAAAUGCCUGAGAGAUCUCUCGUCUCGUGGAACGCUAUGAUUGAUGCAUUUGUUCAGUUUGGCGAGUUCGAGACGGCGCUGAAAUUGUUUAGUGAGAUGCAGAACGUGUUUAAGCCUGAUGGAUAUACGUUGCAAAGCAUCAUAAACGCCUGCGCUGGACUUGGUGGGUUGGCUUUAGGGAUGUGGGCUCAUGCUUAUAUUUUGAGGAUGCUUGACACGGCUGUAGCUAGUGAUGUUUUGGUUUGCUCUUCUUUGAUGGAUAUGUAUUGCAAAUGUGGGUGCUUGGAACUUGCUCGGCAGGUCUUUGAAAGAAUGCCCAAGCGCGAUAUAACUAUGUGGAAUUCAAUGAUUCUCGGAUUUGCUAUGCAUGGACUGGCUGAGGCAGCAUUGGAAUGUUUUUCUUGCUUGGUGAGGACGGAGAGUUGCGCACCAAACUCCAUCACGUUUGUCGGUGUUUUAAGUGCGUGUAAUCAUAGAGGCAUGGUUAGUGAAGGCCUUAACUAUUUCGAGAAGAUGAUAAAGAAGUACAAGAUUGAACCACGGUUAGAGCAUUACGGUUGCCUAGUUGAUCUCCUGGCUCGUGCUGGCUUCAUCAACAAAGCUCUGAAUUUCGUGACUAAUAUGCCAAUGAAACCCGAUGCUGUAAUCUGGAGGAGUAUACUUGAUGCUUGUAGCAAGCAAGAUGCGAGCGUUGAGCUAAGUGAAGAAGUAGCUAGACAGGUUCUUGAGUCUGAAGGAGACGGUGCUUCUAGCGGUGUUUAUGUCCUUAUGUCAAGAGUCUAUGCUUCAGCUUCUCGAUGGGACGAUGUUGGGUUGGUGAGGAAAUUGAUGGAAGAUGAUGGCGUAACGAAAGAACCGGGGUGUAGUAUAAUAGAGGUGGAAGGAAUUACUCAUGAAUUUUUUGCUGGGGACACUUCUCAUCCUCGAAGUAGAGGGAUAUAUCAGUUCCUGAAUGUGAUUAAAGACAGACUUAAGUUGAUGGGGUAUUCACCUGACUAUUCACAGGCGCCUCUGGUUGAUGAGCAGGGCGAUACAAAGCAACACUCUCUUGGCUUGCACAGCGAGAGAAUUGCCCUUGCUUUUGGGCUUUUAAGCAUGAAAUCGGGCACGCCAAUACGUAUUUUUAAGAACCUUAGAGUAUGCAAUGACUGCCAUGAGGUAUUCAAAUUGAUCUCCACUGCAUUCAGUGUGGAGAUUGUCAUGAGAGAUCGCACAAGAUUCCAUCAUUUCAAACAUGGCACUUGCUCCUGCAUGGAAUACUGGUGAUUCUUUGCCAUUUUACAGAUCAAAGUGCCCAUUCAACGUACGCGUAAUUAUGGAUAAAAAAUUGUAUUCGGCUUUGUUUUUUCAUCCUUAACUGUACUUAGCUUUGAGUUGUUUGUUUAUAACAGUGGGGAAGAAAUGACGGAAUCAUCAAGGUCCAAAGUGAA